AUGUCUACUUUCCAAUUCGAUCAUUGCGUUGUUUUAAAUCAACACGCUGAAAGGCUUAAAGCAGCCUUAUACAAUGUAAACAAAACAAUCAAUCCUAAAGAAAAUUCAGUUCUUCAGAGUAAAGAGAUCAAAGAUCUUUGCAAAGCAAUCAAAGAUGGAAAAACAAUGGAUCAAGAAAAAUUCCCACAUCUUGACAAUGAUAAGAUCACUCACUAUGGAGGAUUCUUAAGAACUCCAUUCUCCGUUUUAAACCAUUAUAUGAAUUUCCAAGGCAGAGCAAUUGACGCACUUCGUGAUGCCCUUAACGAAUCAAAGAUCUUCGAUAUCAGCUGGAACUACAUAUACGUUAUUCCAGUUCUUAAGUUAUUCGUAAAUUAUUGCCAGUUAAACUUCUUUGUUAAUCACAUCAAGGAUCUAGAUCGUGUCGUCAUGGUCUACAGGUACUGCUACUUCAAGAACCAGUCGCAUGAAUGCCCAACUGCCCAAGCUUUACUUAAAACUCUCCAAGAAAGACAAGGUUUUAAGAUUCUCGAUGCUGAAUUGCAGCAAGUUAACGAGAAGUUCAGAGCCCUCUUCAAAUCCAUCAUAGCAAUUAUUUCUCGUCUUCUCAAGGCCGGAUCCGGAUAUACUUGGAAAGAUCUCAACCUUUCCGACAAUCCAAAUCCAGCUGACAAGGACAACAUCUUCAUCAAGCCAGAAUACAUCAUCAUGCAGAACAUGAAGCUCAUUACUGAAGCAUUUACAUAUUUCUGCAUCGUUAGAGGCGAAGUUCUCCAUGAAGAGCGCAUUUUCGCCGAUGCUUUCCUUGACAUUUUAGCCCACAAUACCCAAAUCCACCUUUGUGGCGAGUUUACCCUUGAUAUCCAGGAUAUCAUCUCAGAAUUCUCCAAGGUAAAGCAAAGCAAGAAGAGUUUCGACGUAUCCAUCCUCAACAGCGUCGACUCCCGUCGCGAAGACCUUGUUCGCAACCGCCUUUACCGCCAAAGAAAGUUGGCCAUGAUUUUGAGAGAGUACCAUACAGUUGCCACAUACAAUUUCGACACAAUUCUUCCUAAGCUCCCGAUUAUCCAGGCAAUCAUGGGUUACGCGAACUUCGAAAUCCUUUCUGGCGUUUUCAUGACCGAUGACAAGUACUUCAACAAGCUCAAACCAGAAGAUAAGAACAAUAUCGCUUCAACUCUUAUCGGUUUGAUCGAAGCCGCUUCCGAAAUGAUCAUUUUAUUCGCUAGAAACAAGUUCGAAGUUGCCCGUUUCCUUGUUUACAACUUCCGUGAGUACGAUGGUCCAUUCCUUGAUACAGAGAUUCACUCCUUCAACCUUCCGAACGAGAACUUCCAGAGAUUAUCUAAAAUCAAAGAUGCUCUCAAAUCUGUUGAUAUUUCUGCCUUCGAUAAUGGCACCAAAUACGAUGUCUCCGGUCUUUCCAUGGCUCUCAUGCGCGAAAUGUCCUUCUUCAACUCAUAUUCCAGAUCUCGUGGUCUUGCUCACUUGGCACCAUUAUUCACUCUCAUAUCAUCUAUCUACACACGCAUCAAUCUCUACAAUACAUUGGACCUCGCGUUCCUCGAAAUUUGCCAAUUACAUCGUUUAUGGGGCUACAACAAGUUCUUCCAGGAGAACGUCGCGAUUGAUGACAAGAAGAGCCAUCUCAUGGAGAAAGCCGCAACAUUACUCUACCUCGCCCACUUCUACCAGUACGAUAUCCCAUCUCUUGCUGAAGUUGAGAACUACAAGGACGACAUGAAGGAAUUCCUGAAGACAUCCAAGAAGAUUGUCGCAGACAACAUCUCCCACUUCGCAUUCAAGCUGAGAGAUAACUCAUUGCCAGAAUUAGUCAACCAAACUAAGCCAUCUAUUGCAAUCCAAGUCCGUGCGGAAGCACAUCGCGAGGCAGGACAACCAGUGAAGGCUAAAAAGCCAUCACAGUUGCCAAUUGGCCAAGAAUCAAUUUUAACAAACAGAAAACUCUUGACUUUCAUCGAUAACGCUACACAAGCCAUGGACAAGUUGUUCAUUGACGUCAAGCAGAUCGGCUCUGUCCAGUCUUUCGGCGAAACAGUCACUGUUUACGAAGAUAUCAAGAAUGGUCUUAUGAAUUACUUCGCCGGUAGCUUCUGGAAGAAGGUAAAGGCCGACUCACCAUUCGCUGUUGACGAUAUCCUCAACGAAACGAAGGUCAUCCUCCAGCACGCGACAAACGCCGCACUCCUCGAUUACACCGUCGAGUACGACAAGAUCUUCAAUACACUCACACAGAUAAGCAUCGUUAAGUCAGACCACUUGACAGUUGAGGCUGACAAAUCUGGCGCUUUGGCCACUAUAAUGGGUAAUAUGUACAGAAACUUCCUCAAGACAAUUCUCCCGAAUUCAUACUUCUCCAACGUAUCACAAAUGUUCGUUUCUUCAGCAAAGAACAGCGAUCUUCCUUCACAACUCGGUUCUCCAAAUGCAAUUCGCGUAAUUUACAACAUCCUCGGAGCAAAGGGUCUCGCAAUGAUCGAUAUCAUCGCUUGCGAGGUUUUCGCUGAGGUUGGCGAACAACUUGCAAAGGAAAUGUCAAAUGGAAAAUAUCCAGAUAUAAUUGUAAAGGCAUUCAAUGAGAAUUCGUCUAAGCCAAACCAAUGGCUCAAGGGCGCAGCCCAAGAUCCAGGUUUCGAGCCAACAGCUACAAAGGCAUCAGAACUUAUGAUUCAUCUUGGCGCAAUUUCUCGUUUCAGACGCUUACUCAGAUCAUCAGUACCAUUCAAACAGAAAGAGCUCACAGAAUACCCAUACCUUGCUCAGACAAUCAAACCAGAAAACGAUGAAGUUCUCGGACCACUUCUUGUCAACACAAAUAUCCAGAAGCUCAUGUCCUCAGAGAACGCACCACAGAUUUUCGGAUCAGCUUUGAUCUCAAUUUACUGGUACGACCUCAAAUACGAAAUCGGAACAAACGCAUUUCCAAACGACGGCCAUCUGUUCGCAAUGGGAUUCGAAGCCGUUGUCGCCGCUGCUAAGAAGGAAAGAGUCACUCUCCGUUCGAUUAUGAAAGAUUUCGUCGCUACUCUCUAUUACACAAUGCCAGCAGCCCACGACAUUAACAAUCUCAGAGCAAAGAAAGGAAAGUGGCCAAAGCAGCACAUGGUUCUUUUGAUCGACCACAUCGUUCAGAACUCGAAUUACGUCGACUACGCAAUCCUCGAACAGGUGUUACCUUUCUCUACUAUUAGACACGUAUAUGCAAAUAUCUUCGCCCAGUCAAAGAGCGAAAAGUUCUACUUAUAA